UCAGUGGUUGGCCUGGCAACGACAACAGCUAGUCAGCUAGUUAGCAAUAAAAAAAUUGAGCGGCUGUACAUUGUUUUCGAAAGUGUUGUUAUUAUCUUAAACCCGACGACAUCGGAGACAACAAUCUUUGUCGUUUGACUCGCUCAUUAUGAUUGAAUCCCCUUUAAGCUCUUUAGGUGCAAAAGUUGUUCUCGCUGUGUCUAGCGAUGAGAAUCAUCCACCAGAAAACAUCAUUGACGGAAAUCCUAAAACGUUUUGGAUAUCCACCGGGAUGUUUCCUCAAGAAUUCAUCAUUCGCUUUACUGAAGCCCCGAAGAUUGCUACUGUGACCCUGGACAGCUACAAUGUCAAGCAUCUAAAGAUAGAGAAGAAUACCUCACAAAAUUCCUCUCAGUUUGAGCCUGUCACAGAGAAAGAGUUUGAAUGUACGGAGGGACAUCUUCAGUCGAAUGCUAUUUCAUUAAAUGGCAGCAGUGCAACCCACCUGCGGUUUAUCAUCACCUCGGGAUAUGAUUACUUCGUCUCAGUGCACAGAGUCAGUGUAAAGAUUGUAGACUCCUAAUUGUUGCAAAUUAUAUAUAUGCACGCCAAUCAGCCACAACAUUAAAACCACUGACAGGAGAAGUAAAUAACAUUGACCGUUUUGUGACAAUACAAUGUUCUGUUGGGAAACUUUUGUACAUGGCGUUCGUAUGGAUUUUACUUAGACAUGUACCACCCACCCAGACCAGACCAGGUACCCUCACCCCAUAGCAAUGGUGGCAGCAGACAUUCCCAGCAGGGUACAGAUACACACAUAAAAUGGUUUAGGAACAACUCAACAACAUGAACAUGAAAAACAAUACAAGGUGUUCACCUGGCCUCAAGAUUCACUAGAUCCCAAACUUAUCAAGUAUCUGUGGGAUGCAGUGGAACAGGCUCGAUGCACAGAGACCCCCUCCAUAGGACCCGAAGACCUCCACUAAGAAGAUUCCAGUGGCAAAUGUUGGCAGUUGUAGACUUAAAGCUACUUUUAUUCAACCAGCAGGUUUUUUUCUUGAUGGGAAAUGACACUGGUGUCUCCCAGAAGAUAAUAAGACAAUGUACAAGAGGCAUCAUUGUGGAAAAAAAUUAUUUCUCAGCUUUUAUUUACAUUUGAACAAAAAGUGGCAUGUCCAGAAUUAUGCAAACCCUUCUCAAAAAUCAAUAGAAAAGUUCAGUAAAUCUUAUUAUGCUGUUUUGAUAAGGGAUGUAGACUUUGUUUGACAUAGGAAUCUGUAACAAUAAACAAGGUACAUUGAUUUAGAAAAUAAUCAAUGUCUGAAGAAAAUUAAUGUUGUAUUCUCAACCUUAUCAGCCAAGUUGCAGGUGCAGGUAAAGCAUAUGGUUGAAAGCUGUUGUGUACAUUUUAACCAUGCCUCUAACUGUAAAAAUUUGCUUCAUUCUAUUAUCACUGUUAUUGCUUAUUUAGUGUUAUGGAUUCACUUAAGGAACUUUUUUAAAAAUUUUUUUGUAUCCCACAUUGAACUGUUCCUGCUAAUUUCACAAGCUGAUAGUUGGCAAAGCUUCAGAAUAAAGGAGUUGGAUUGUGA